AUGAAGUUCUAUAUCGAUGAUCUCCCUGUGUUGUUUCCUUACCCUAGGAUAUAUCCCGAGCAGUAUGCUUAUAUGAGUGAUAUCAAAAAGACACUUGAUGUUGGAGGAAAUUGUAUUCUUGAGAUGCCUUCAGGAACGGGCAAAACCAUCUCGUUAUUAUCCUUAACGGUGGCGUACCAAAUGCACUACCCGGAGCACAGAAAGAUUGUGUAUUGUUCGCGUACGAUGUCGGAGAUUGAAAAAGCGUUGAUUGAGUUGCACAAGUUGAUGGAAUUUAGAGCAAAGGAGUUGGGAUACGUUGAAGAUUUCCGCGGCCUAGGAUUAACCAGUAGAAAGAAUCUUUGCUUGAAUCCGUUGAUAUCGAGGGAGAAAAAGGGAAAUGUGGUGGAUGAGAUGUGUCGACGCGUGACCAAUGGCCAGUUGAAGGAAAAGAUUGAAAAGGGUGUUGUUACAGAGGAUGAUCAAUUGAGAGAUCCUGCAAAGUAUAGUCUUUGCUCGUUUCAUGAAAAGUUGUACGAUUUGGAUCCGCAUGAGCUUGUCCCGCUGGGCGUUUACUCGUUUGACGCGUUGAUCAGAUACUGCAAAGAGAUGGGAACGUGUCCGUACUUCACGGUUCGUAGAAUGAUUCCAUUCUGCAAUAUCAUUAUUUAUUCAUACCAUUAUCUAUUAGAUCCAAAGAUUGCUGAUCGGGUAUCGCGAGAGUUGUCCAAGGAUAGUAUUAUAAUAUUCGAUGAGGCGCACAAUAUCGACAACGUUUGUAUCGAGUCGUUGUCGUUGGACUUGACUGAGGAUGUAUUGAAACGCGCCACGCGUGGAGCAAACAAGUUGGCUGACGCGGUUGAGGAUAUGAAGGCACAGGAUAGUGAAAAGCUACAAAAUGAAUAUGAGCAGUUGGUUGAAGGGUUGCGCCAAGCGGAGGUGGAGAGAGAACAGGAGAUGUUUAUGUCGAAUCCCGUUCUACCGCAAGAUUUACUAGAUGAAGCUAUUCCUGGUAAUAUUCGAAAGGGUGAACAUUUCAUUGCGUUUUUAAAGAGGUUCAUUGAGUAUUUGAAAACGAGAAUGAAGGUUUUACAUGUUAUUAGUGAAACGCCAACAAGUUUCUUGCAACAUUUAAAAGAGUUGACUUAUAUUGACAAGAAGCCGUUAAAGUUUUGUUCGGAAAGGUUGUCGUUGUUGGUCAAGACGUUGGAGCUUACUGAGAUUGAGGAUUUCAAUGCUUUAAAAGAUAUUGCCACAUUUGCCACAUUGGUGUCCACGUAUGACACUGGGUUCCAAUUGAUUUUGGAGCCUUUUGAAACAGAGGGGAGCACCGUUCCAAACCCAAUGCUACAUUUCACCUGUCUUGAUGCUUCAAUUGCCAUAAAGCCGGUGUUUGAGAGGUUCUCUUCUGUGAUUAUCACAUCGGGGACCAUUUCGCCGUUGGACAUGUAUCCUAAGAUGCUAAACUUUCAAACAGUGAUACAAGAAUCGUAUGCAAUGACGUUGGCUAGGAGGUCGUUCUUGCCAAUGAUUGUUACCAAGGGGUCUGACCAGGUUUCCAUUUCUUCGAGAUUUGAAAUCAGAAACGACCCCUCAGUUGUGCGAAAUUAUGGAUCUCUAUUGAUUGAGUUUGCAAAGAUUACCCCUGAUGGAAUGGUUGUUUUCUUCCCGUCAUAUCUUUACAUGGAGUCCAUUAUUUCUAUGUGGCAGACCAUGGGUGUUUUGGACGAGGUGUGGAAACAUAAACUUAUUUUGGUUGAGACUCCGGAUGCACAAGAAACCUCUUUGGCGUUGGAGACAUACAGAAAAGCCUGUUCCAAUGGAAGAGGCGCAGUGUUGUUGUCAGUGGCGCGUGGUAAAGUUUCGGAGGGAAUUGAUUUUGAUCAUCACUAUGGAAGAACCGUGUUGAUGAUUGGUAUACCUUUCCAGUACACCGAAUCGAGGAUCUUGAAAGCGAGGUUGGAGUUCAUGAGAGACCAUUUUCAAAUCAAGGAAAACGAUUUCCUUUCCUUUGACGCCAUGCGUCAUGCUGCUCAAUGUUUGGGAAGGGUUUUGCGAGGCAAAGAUGAUUACGGGAUCAUGGUGUUGGCUGAUAGACGAUUUGCUAGAAAGAAGGCGCAAUUGCCCAAAUGGAUAGCACAAGCAUUGAAUGACUCAGACACAAACUUGUCCACUGAUAUGGCGUUGGCCACUGCCAAAAAGUUUUUGCGGAGUUUGGCCCAACCGACAAAUCCCAAGGAUCAGGAAGGGGUGUCUGUGUGGGAUGUCAAUCAACUUGAGGCGUACCAGAAGCAGUAUAAUCAGGGUCGUGUUAAGGAAGAGAAUGAAGAGGAUGGGAAGGUUGAGGAAGCGGGAGACGAGUUUAUGGAUAUUGAUGAAGAGGAUAUAGAUUUGUUGUAA